UUUAAAACCGUUAAACCAGCAGCCAUUUCCUUUUCUGAGCGACAGAGCGAGAGAGAUUGAAUACACCAAGUUAGGGUUUUGUUCACAGAGAAGAAACGGAGAGAGAGAGAGAGAGAGAGAGAGAGAGAGUUAAUGGACCGUCUUCGUCCAAGAGAAAGGCACGUCUUUUCUGGCUUUACAAAGGCUGAGGUAAUCCAGAUUGAGAAAAUGGAGAAAUUGCUAAAGGAAUCGGGAGAACAGUUGCUGAACCGGGAAUUUUGUCAAAAAAUUGCACAAAGUUUUAAUCGCUCAUCUGGUCGUGCUGGGAAACCUAUUGUUAAAUGGACUGAGGUACAUAGUUGGUUCCAAAAUCAGCAGCAAGAUGCACAAGAUGCCUCUAAAAAUAUGCAUGUGCUCCCAAAAGCUUGCCCUCCAAACAGGAUGGACGGACUUUCGCAGAUGCCCCAAGAAGAUAGUUCAAAAGCGGGAGAAAGGAUCCCAGAAUUGUCAGAGUUGGAAUUUGAGGCAAAGUCAUCAAAGGAUGCGGCGUGCAGGUAUGAUGUUGAUAUGUUCGUUGCUCACAGAUUUCUUGGUACAGAUGAAGUUGAAGUUCGAGUCAGAUUUGUUGGAUUUGGUGCUGAGGAGGACGAGUGGCUCAAUGUGAAAAAGGUGCGGCAACGCUCUGUUCCUCUGGAACAUUCAGAAUGUCAUACAGUGAAAGUUGGAGACAUUGUCCUCUGCUUCCAGGAGAGAAGAGAUCAAGCAAUCUACUAUGAUGCUCGUGUUUUAGAAAUCCAAAGGAGACUCCAUGAUAUAAGAGGCUGCAGGUGCCUUUUCUUGAUUCAGUAUGACCAUGACAACACUGAGGAGAGAGUUCGUUUGAGGAGAUUAUGUCGAGUGCGGUAAAUCUUUUGGCUAAUCUUUCAGAUGGCUGUCAAUUCUUUUUCUUUUUUUCUUUUUUUCUUUUUUUUCGUGCCGAGCUGCAUAGAAGCAGUUGAAGACAUAAAAGAGGCAGUAGUAUAUGUAUACCAGGAAAUCUAUCAGAGAUUUUGACAGCUCAAUCCUUUUUAUGUCCAAGCUGGGUGAGGAUAUGAUAACUCGAGAAGCAUAUAAUUAUUAUUAUUAUUAUUAUAUAUACAUACAGAGGCAUGUGCUAUGGUAUGGUAGUACCACCUCACCAUAAAUUUUCCGGAUGUGGACGUUGAUUUCAUUGUUAAGUGUACACAUUUUGUUUAUACAGUGUACACAUUGAUAUGGCUCUAAUGGAACCGAAUUUACCCCUUUCUGUUGA